GUGAGCGCGGCGGACAUGGCGGCGGCGCGGCGGCUGCUGCCGCGCUGGGCGGGAUCGCUGCGGCCCGUGAGCUCCGCUGCGGCGGCGGGCGGGGCGUACCCGAAGCGAGUGAAGGUGGUGGAGGUGGGACCCCGCGACGGGCUCCAGAACGAGAAGAAUCUUGUGCCCACCUCAGUGAAGAUCAAUUUAAUCAACAUGCUGUCAGAGACAGGGCUGCAGGUCAUAGAGGCCACCAGCUUCGUGUCCCCCAAGUGGGUUCCUCAGAUGGCUGAUCACACCGAGGUCCUGCAGGGCAUCAACAAAUCCCCUGGCAUCAGUUACCCUGUGCUGACUCCAAACCUCAGGGGCUUCCAGGCAGCGGUGGCAGCAGGAGCCAAAGAGGUGUCGAUCUUUGGGGCUGCAUCUGAGCUGUUCACCCAGAAAAACAUCAACUGCUCCAUCGAGGAGAGCCUGGACAGGUUUGAAGAGGUCAUGAGGGCAGCGAGGGAAGCCAGCAUUCCUGUCAGGGGGUAUGUUUCCUGUGUCCUUGGAUGUCCCUAUGAAGGGAAGAUUUCUGCAGCUAAAGUUGCAGAGGUCUCCAAGAAGAUGUACUCCAUGGGGUGCUACGAGAUCUCGCUGGGGGACACCAUCGGCGUGGGCACCCCGGGCAGCAUGAGGGAGAUGCUGGCAGUGGUCAUGAAGGAGGUGCCCGUGGGGGCUCUGGCUGUGCACUGCCACGACACCUACGGACAGGCCCUGGCCAACAUCCUGGUGGCCCUGCAGAUGGGGGUGAGCGUGGUGGACGCCUCCGUGGCUGGCCUUGGGGGGUGUCCCUAUGCCCAGGGAGCCUCUGGGAACGUGGCCACAGAGGACUUGGUGUACAUGCUCAACGGGCUGGGCAUCCACACGGGGGUGGAUCUCCAGAAGCUGAUGGACACAGGCACCUUCAUCUGCAAUGCCCUGAACAGAAAAACCAAUUCCAAGGUGUCUCAGGCCUCCUGCAGACUGUGACACUGAGUGGGAUUUCUCCUUGGAGCAAGAAAUGGAGGAUCCAGCCCUGGCUGGGAUUCCUGUCUGACUUCCUGAGCUCAGCAUUUGAGAGGAAGCUCAAAAUCCACCAGAAUCAGGAAGAAGUGAGAGAAUAUCCUGUGAUACUUUGUUCUGUUGGACCUUGGGGCUGCCCCCGUGUGCCUUGGAGGGGCGGGGAGGGGCAGAGGAGAGCUCAGAGCAGAGCAGCAGCUCCUGCCUGCAGAGCCCAGGGCGAGCACAGCUUUAGCAGCUGGAGCCUGCCUGCAGCUCUGCCUGUCCCUCCCUCCCUCUCUGCCCUCCACAAACAGCCAAAGGCUGAGCCCAAACCCCCCUGGUGCUCCCCUGGGAUCCCUCAGGGCCGUGCUGCUGCACUGGGUAUCUGUUGUAAGAUACCUCAGCACACCAGGAGUAAUAAACACAUUAUUUAAUAAUCUGAA